AUGCCACGUCACGUUGUAAGUGACGACGAUGAGCCACUCGAGGACAAGACGGCAGCUUUGCCGCUCAGGAACAAGAAGACGGAGCGCAUGAAGCGCAAGAAUGUGACAAGACAGCAGAAACGCGAUGCCAUUGUCAACAUAACAAAGUUACCCACGGAGCUCAUCCUCGAAAGCCUCAAAUAUCUCCGCCCUCGCGAUGUCCACAACUUCAGCUUCGUCAAUCGCCGCUUCUACAGCCUUGUCGAGGCACAUGCCAAUGUCAUUGGCGAUGCCAUCAUUGCAGGUCGCUACAGUCUCCUCUUCAAAUGCCUUCCGACACCCAAGCUGCUCGCGGAUGUGGAUCCCACAGUACAGGCCCUGUUGGUAGAUCCAGCUCGCCAGAAACAACUCAGUAUCCACAAUCGCCCAUACCAACACAUCCAGUCGCCCGACCCACACCAACUAUGCACCUGUCUAACGUGUAUAUUAACUUGGAAUAAUUUGGGUCUUGUGCUUGACUUUGCGCAUUGGCAGCAGCACCUUGAUAGCGGCACACCGAUACCUAUAAUCCCGCGAGGGGAGGCACCAGAAUGGAAUAAAGAGCUUGUAGCACGGAACGCUCGUAUAGCACGCAAAGCCAUCGAGAACUCUUUAUGGCACGCCUCUAUCCUGGACCUACAUCUCGAAAGUACCGUACGGUCUAUACGAAGACACUCGAAGAACAGGGGUAAUAAGCGUGUGCAUGUUGAGAUGACCGAGGCUGAGGUCGCCACUGAGACCGAUGCAUUUCUGUCUAAACAUGGGCCGCCGAGCUUAGAGUUUCCUUACCAGCGCGAUGAAUACUACAUGCUUGAAGCGUAUCUUCCAAACCGUUGGUGGAGGAAGACUGAAAAAUACUGGUUCUAUACGAUAGCGGGUCAACACGAGCGUGAUCUAGAUCUUAUUCAAAGAUUUGCUAAAAGGUAAUACCGCCUCGUUCCCUGCCGUACAUCUUCAUCUAGGCUUCUGCCUUGGUGUACAGUAUAGAUGAAUAAGGAAUCGUUUGGACGAUACA